AUGGCGAGCCCCAUCUUCCUCCUAGCGUUGAUCACCGUGGUGGCGGCGGCGGCCACCCCGCAGCUGGCGGCGUCGACGAUCAGAGCAGAUGCUGCAGCUUCUCGGCCCUCGCUACCCUGCAUUCCGGGGCGGCCGUGGCCACGGUGGCUGCCGCCCUGCUCGCCGCCACCUCCGCCGCCAGCCGAGUGCUACACGUCGGUUUCCGGGCUGAUGCCCUGCGCGGACUUCCUCACCAACGUCGAGGUGCGAGCGCCGGCGGCCGCGUGCUGCGACGGGCUAAGGUCGAUCGUCAGCGGCGCGCCCAUCUGCCUCUGCCACGUCGCCAACGGCGACUUCAACAAGCUCUUGCCGGCGCCCAUGCUGCGCCUGCGCCUGGUCCAGCUCCCCCGCAUGUGCCGCGUCCCUUUUCCUCGUGCCACGCUUCGCCAGUGCAUUGGGGGACAUGUGCCACCGAUGAACCCUCCACCAUCAGCUUCACCAUCGUCUCCACCAGCGGCAUCGCCACCGGAGUCGCCGUCAACUCCGCCUGUGGCAUCCCCACCGGAGGAAUCAUCGUCGUCUCCACCAGCGUCGUCCCCACCGGAAGCACUCUCGACACCUCCUGCAUCGACACCAUCGGCACCGUCACCACCGGAAUCACCGUCGACUCCACCGGCGGCAUCUCCCGUGGCAACGCCGCCGGAAUCGUCAUCGACGCCACCCGCGGCAACGCCUCCGGAAUCACCCUCGACUCCAUCACCGGAAUCACCGUCAACUCCGGCACCAGAAUCACCGUCGAGUCCGUCACCGGAAUCACCCUCGACUCCACCGGAAUCACCCUCGACUCCAUCACCGGAGUCACCGUCGAGUCCGUCACCGGAGUCACCAUCAACUCCGCCACCGGAAUCGCCAUCCACUCCGCCUCCGGAGUCACCGUCGACUCCUGCAGCGGCGCCAUCGGAAUCAACAUCAGCUCCACCGCCAGAAUCACCAUAUACUCCAGCCGCGGCGCCACCGGAAUCACCGUCCACUCCACCACCGACGUCAAUGGCAACGCCACCAUCAGAAUCACCUUAGUUAAGUGUGGGUCCACCUUAGUUAAGUGUGGGUCAAGAGCAAGUAGUAGUCAGUCAGCUCAUUAGAUUUAAUUUGGAUUGCAGGUUCCUAGGCGUCAUGUGCUCUUAGAUUAGUCUUUUGAUCUUAGCAUUGUGUUACUGGUUUGUUUGGAUUCAUUAAAUGAAAACUAACUCCUGGUUAGUUUCUUAGAUUUAGUUUUCCUCUUUGUUCGGGUGCAACAGCCUGAGGUUUAUGUGCUCUUAGAUUAGUCUUUUGAUCUUAGCAUUGUGUUAAUGGUUUGUUUGGAUUCAUUAAAUGAAAACUAACUCCUGGUUAGUUUCUUAGAUUUA